AUGGGGUUUCUUCCUUCGGGCCUGAAGCACGCCCUACCACUACUCUGCGUGUGCCUUUUCUCGGCCUGCAACAUAGGCGGAGGCCAAUUCCUCAUGGGAACGUUCACGCAUCCCGAGAGCUACACCCCCCAUAGACGGAUCCCUCUUUUCCCCGGUCAAUUCACAUCUGUUUCUUCUAAAAUCUACCGCUCCCUUCACAGUGGAGUUGGUUGGAGAGCGCCCGGCCAAUAUCCACCCGCAACCGUUCUCAGCCAUCGUAUGGGGCCUUUCGACGAGUUAAGGAACGCGAAAAAGGUCGGACGAUGUGUGAAGAGAUCACUCGCAAUGUGCGAAGACGUUCUGCCAUACAAGGACACCAUGUUCCCGAACCUCGUUGGAGACCAGGAUGUGGCCGCCAUGAACAGAUCUCUGCUGUUCUUCCAGUAUCUCCUGAAGGAUAAUUGCAAUCCCCGCAUGAAGCAACUGGUGUGCGCCCUCCUGGAACCCCCAUGCCAAAAUGGGAAGGUCAUGCUUCCUUGCCGAAAGUUCUGCAAAGUUGCGACCGAAGGAUGUCAGAAAUUCAUCCCAGCGCGUCUAUCGAUGUCCAAGGUUUUCGAUUGCACCAGAUAUCCCGACUCCGAAGACUCCACGGCUUGUCUGAACUUGGCGAAGAACCCCACCUGUCUUCAGAACGAGUUCCAAUGUCCGGAUCAAGCGUGUAUCCCGAAAGCCUGGCGUUGCGAUGGAGUCCGAGAUUGUGCGUUCGCCGCCGAUGAAGCGAAUUGCACAUCUUGCAACGAGGAGGAGUUCCAGUGUGAUUUCCGGUGCAUUCCCAAGACCUGGCGUUGUGACGGCGAAAAAGAUUGCAUGGACGGCGCCGACGAGCGCGGAUGUCGGCCGAGAAGAGAGUGCGGUCCGGAUCGAUUCCAGUGUCUCGAUGGCUCCGGCUGCUUUCCGAAGCGCUGGGUCUGCGAUGGGAAAGCAGAAUGCCGCGACAGAUCCGACGAGCUCGACUGCGACAAGCGCACCGAGUGCACCUCGGGAGAUUUCCGAUGCUCUAACGGGAUCUGCAUACCGCAAGUUUGGCGUUGCGAUGGUCAGAACGAUUGCAAGGACGCCUCAGACGAACACCAUUGUCAACCGGGACGGAAACUCGUCAACCUCAUCUCAUCAAACCACAUCCACCGCAAAAAGUAGUGCGAAAUCGCGUGAUCCAGGUAGCCCGAUU